AUGAGUAUUGAACCUGAAUGGUAUUGUCCAGUUAUUCCAAAUGUUCUUCUUAAUGGUGCACAUGAUGUUGGAACAGGUUAUUUAACAGGUAUUCCAUCUUAUAAUCCAUUAACAUUAUUUAAUAAUAUGAAAUAUUAUAUUCAACAGGAAUAUUAUGAUUGUACACGUGUUGUUAUUAAUGAUGUUUGUUCUAAACUUGAUGAAACAUUUAUUGAAAUAACUGAUUUAUCAAUUGGUAUCUGCUCCAAAUGA